GCCUGUCAGGCAAGAUGUUCUCGGUCGCAUCGCAUAUAUUGUACGCCUGGGGCGCGACUUCACUUUUCUCGCAGCCACCGGUGAGCUUGCAUGAGCUACUUCUUUCGCGAUGGCACCCAAAACCUUCUUCCUGGCAGCAACUGCCCUGGUCUGGCCAGCAAUCACCCGUGCUUAUACUCUCAAGGACAACUACACCGGCAACAGUUACCAAGACUUCUUCAGCAAAUUCACCUUCUGGACCGGGGCCGAUCCGACCAACGGUCAUGUGCACUAUGUCGACGAAACCUCAGCCUGGAGCAACGGCUUCAUCGGCAACGGGGGUAGCAUCUAUCACGGGGUGGACAACACCAACAAGGUCGGCAAUGAGGGUAGCAAGAGUGUCCGGCUGACCAGCAAGAUAGCCUACAGCCCAGGGACUCUCAUCGUGGCGGAUAUCGCAUAUAUGCCACAAGUGUGCGGCACCUGGCCAGCCUUCUGGAUGACCGCCGCCUCCGACGACUGGUUAAAAAAUUAG